AUGGCUCAAACAACCCAAACCCCCACAACAACAUGUGCCGAGUAUAUCGCCCUCAGCUCCUUCUUUCACCAGGUCCCUGCUCCAGUCGUUCGAAACGCAAACAAUCACUUGCCAGUCAACCAAGAAUAUGUUUUACCAUUUUCAAAAGAGCGUGGACUAACAGAGGUUCUUGCCUUCCUGGCAAAAACGAAGGAUGGGUGGGAUCAUAUACCGGCAGUCUGCGUUAAACAAAACUCAGCUGGGACAACCUUAAACGUCAUCCUAGCCAUCAACAAAAGAACCUACGCUGAUGGUGAUGAUAUUCUACGAAACUUGAAAUCAAGCUUUGAGGAAGUAUUUCAAAUACUUCAUGAUUCAGAAUAUGGUUGGUCCUUCUUGAUUUGA